GCACCGCCACCUGGCUGGUCCACUCAGGUGAGGUCGGCACAACAAAGCAGAGCUCGUUAACCCAGCGAAGGAGCAAAUUGUCCUCCAUGAGGACGACAGGUACCAUUGGAAGGGCUUCGUAAUGGAAAGGAGGCAUUUAAAGUCGCGGCGGUCAGAGUUUCUCUUCCAGCAGCCCGCCAGCCUGGCUUCUCCGACCGAACCGACACCGAAAUCCUACAUGACCGGAAUCUUGUCUGACGAGAAGAACCUUCUGGUGGCUCCGAACCGGGCUCAGCUUUCACUGCGAAAGAACGGGGUCUCCAACGGGGGAGCCAACUUACAAAAUUCAUCCAGGAGCUCGGAUGGAGUUGCUUUUUUCACAAAGGUAAACGGAUCUGAUUUGGACGGUCUCUCCUCAAAAGGUAUCCAAGCUCGGAAAACGUCCGAAAGGGUGGCCAUGUCCCCGUGUCCCGGUGCGGACCGGUUCGGUCCCGGUACACGUUUCCAGAGGCCGCCCUCAGGCUGUGAUCGCAGACAUUUACGGACCGUAGGCGCGCUGGCAGAUUGGCCUGACGGCUUGAAUCCACAGUACCAGUGCGCCGUCUCCGAGACGUCCCGCAGCACACCCACCCGAGCGUCCGCGCAUCAACCUGGGAAGUCCAGAAGCAACUCGCUCACUCAUCAGUCAGUGAGAACAAAGAAUCUGUCUGCAUCCAUGGCGGGACAGUACAGCUUUAGAAAUGGCCAGAAUCAGAAACGCGGUUUUGUAAAACAUGAUAGACAAACGGUACAGCGAAGGACAUCUGGGCGGCUCGGAACCACCCACAUGGACAGAGGUUUUGUCCAACUGGCUCCGAUAUCCCAGAGACGGGAAUCGGGCAACGCAGAGAGGUUCACCAACAGGCAGGCUCCAUCCCAUAAAAUAGGAGGAACAGUUUGUGACCUCUCGCCUAGGCAGUCAGCUCCAAAGCCUCCAGAGAUGACAAUUAAAAGGGCCGUAAAUCUUCUGGACAACAUGAACGAGGAAGAGCUGAUCUGUGCCGCCGCAUACAUUCAGAACCAAUGUUGGAGAAAAGACGAAGCCAGAGUGGAGGUUCAGAGGGAGAACGGGGCUAGAAAGCUUGUACGGCUGCUCAAAAUCGACAACGAAGAGGUGCAGCGGGCCGCAGCAGGCGCCUUGCGUAAUGUCGUCUACAAGAACGGAGACAACAAGAAGGACGUGACGGACGAAGAUGGCCUUACCGUCAUCCUGAAGUUACUGAACGAGACGCAUGAUAGGGAGACCGUAUGCCAGCUUGCAGGUCUCUUGUGGAAUCUGUCUUCAGAUGAUACGAUCAAGAAGCGUUUUGAUGAAAAUUUCCCUCGUCUCCUCACCAAGGUGAUUUUGGUGCCAUUCUCUCACAUAAAUGGAGAGGCAGAAUCCAAACGUGAUUUGAUCGCCGAUCCCAACGCUUUCCUCUGCGCUACAGCCUGCCUACGGAAUCUGAGCUCUGACUGCAACCACAGGAGGAAUAUGAGGCGCUGUGAAAAUCUCAUUGACUCGCUGGUUUUCUAUACUACAGAGACUGCAACCCAACGCACACCUGAUGACGAGUGCACAAAAAACUGUGUCUGCAUCCUUCAAAACUUGACCUAUGAAGCUGAGGAAGACUGCAUCCCUCAGACCACCAAAAACAAGGAAGAGACUCAACAAAACGCGACUCCCAAAGAGACGACUUGCAGCUGUUUUCCUUAUCGCCGUGCCGACCUCGGAAAGGACCCAACGGACUCGGAGGAAGCAGAGAAAGGACGCCUCCUGCAGAGUAACGACGACCCGCAUGGAGCUCAGUGGCUGUGGAGCGGUCAGCUUGUCCGGGCGUAUCUGUCGCUGUUGGCCUGCAACAAAGACAAAAUGACGCUGGAGGCUGCCAUGGGGGCGCUGCAGAACCUCACGGUGGGAAAGGGAGAGAUCUCUGAGUACGUCGCCAGAAUUAUCGAGGAGCAAAACGGACCUCGGAAAAUUAAGACGCUCUUAGAAAACGACGUUACGCUGAAGAAACCAGCCUUGCUGCUGAUCAGGAACCUCUCCCGCUUUCCAGACCUUCACGGCUCCAUCUUUGAUAAUUUGUUGUCGGCCAAAGACACAAAAACCUUUUUACAUUAUUUGGACAUCAGUGCAGAAGAAUCUGCUGAGCUGAUGCCGAUUCUGUGUGGGAUCCUCGUAAACUUGAGCAAGAACAGCGUGGAGGCGGCCUCGUAUCUCAGCCGUCAUACGGACGUGAAUGAUAUGUUGCAGAAGAAAUACACAGGUAAAGCUGAACAGGCGGUGGAGGAGCUGAGGGACACGUUGCCCCGUUGGAGUCUUCACAAACAUCUGAAAGAAGUGUUCCUGCUACUUGAUUGCAGUCCACUUGUGGUAAAUUUAAUUGCCUGGAUGUAACUUGGACUGGAGGAAGCUUAUAUUUGAUAGAAGGAGCCAAGCAAUAAGAUCAGAGGAGCUGUUGCAAGCAAGACCUCAAAGACUGGAUUAUGUCAAAGCACAAUCUGAAGGAAAUGGGAGGGGGGAGCUCGUUUUUAUGAAUUAGAACUAGGUGCCUUUUAACGGUGGAGCAAUAAUGUACACAAGAGAUUGUUAGAUUUCUGUAUGAACACACCCAGAGAAACAAAAGUGCUACUUGUCUGUAGAACAUGUGCAUUGCUCAUCACCUUACUAACAGCAUCAUGUUGAAGGAGGACUUUUAUGCAACAGAGACUAGUUGCGUAGAUGACUGUAGGCAGAGAUGCAUUUUGAACCUCACACUAAGGCAAAAUUUCAACUUUCAACACAAAGAUAAAAACGGUAAAUUCUCAUGUAUGAGGAAUUUUAUUUAGAGAAAAAAAAUUAACAACUUUAAGGCGUAUUGUGUUCAGAGUGAGGUACAAAAAUGAAUUUAAUUUACAUUUCCAAAAACCAUGUAGACUUUUCCAGAUGCAGACUGCAUAAUAAGUCCUCCUUUCUUUUUCUUUUUUUUGUUUGUUUUUUGUUUCU